UUCCUGCCUGGAUCUCUAUACCCACGCCUGCCCUUCCCUCUGCAGAGCUUUCUCCCUCCCUUCACGAGCCUUAUUUCUCUCUCUCAGUCUCCAUAUCUAUUUCUUUCCCCCUUCUUCCCUCCUCCCCUGCUUCUCUCCUCCUUGUCAUCCCUCCCCAGCCCCCGAAUGGGUCUCCCCGCCUUCCUCCCUCUCAGGCUGCAUCUCCCCCCUCCUUAGUGCUCACCCCUGCACCUCUUUCUUUGUAUUCUUCUCACCCUCUCUCAGCCUCGCCAGCAUCUCUCCUCCCCCGCCCGGCUUCGGCCUCCCCCUGCCUCCCCAUCUUCAACUCAGUCUCCUCCCCCUCGCUCCUCUUCCCUCCCCUCCGCCUCGCCCCACUCCUAGCCCGCAUGCCAGGAUUUCUCUCCUCCCUGGGGGUCUCAGUGCAUCUCCUUCUCCUCUCUGCCUGCCUCCUCCCUCACCGAAGGGUUAGCGGACACCCAUCCUUUUCUGCUUGGGGACCCCACCACCACCCGCAUCACUGCCUCUAUCUCUUCUUCACCAUAUCCUCCUCUACCCACCCUCUUCUCUUUUCUUUUCUCCCUGCCCCUUUAAAUCUGCCUGGCCCAGCCUCCCCCGUGAUGCUGGGAUGGAGCAAACAUUGAUUUGUGCUGGGAUGGAAUCGGAAUUUUGAUUUAUUUUUCCUCUCCCAACCAUAAGAAGAAAAAAAUAAUAAAAACACCCCCUCUUGAUAGCCCCCUCCCCCUUUGCAUCCAGCUCCCAGCUCUUCUUCCCUAUCUCCAUCCAAGGCAGAUUUUUUCCCCUACACUAUUCUCAUCUUCCCCCACCCCUGCCACUACCUCGCCCCCCCCACCCAGCCUGCUCCUCCAGCGGGGAGAGAGGGGACUCUCCGGACUCCCCCACCUUUCCUCUCUGGGUUGGAGCAGUCUCUCCGGAAGGGGAGGGGGCUUGGCUUGUCCGGGCGAGGUGGGAGUGGAGCUAUCCUGCCAUGGAUGCUGUGCCGGGGAGGCAGCCUGAGCCCCAGCCCACAUGAGACGCCGAAGAACCGGGACAGAGGGGUCCUGACAGCAGCCAGGGAAACGGGUGCCCUACGAUUCUGCCCAGCCCCCUCUCAGGACCCCCAAACUGCCAUCCACACUCGACACUUCGGGGUUCUAGCCACUCAGGAUGAGGGUCCGGCCCUGCCUGCCCUCGCUGGGGCCCCCCCGCCCGGCCCCGGUCUAACUGCCCCCGCCCCCAGACCUCGCCCGGCUCCAAGGCCCCCAGCCGGCUCUCCAGCCCCAGGAUGCGCUGAGCCGCCGGGGGGCUGAGGCCGCGCCAACUACAUGCAUGUCCCCCGGGGGCAAGUUCGACUUUGACGACGGGGGCUGCUACGUGGGGGGCUGGGAGGCGGGGCGGGCACAUGGCUACGGCGUGUGCACGGGCCCCGGCGCCCAGGGCGAGUACAGCGGCUGCUGGGCACACGGCUUCGAGUCACUGGGCGUCUUCACGGGGCCCGGUGGACACAGCUACCAGGGCCACUGGCAGCAAGGCAAGCGCGAAGGGCUGGGCGUGGAGCGCAAGAGCCGCUGGACGUACCGCGGCGAGUGGCUGGGCGGGCUGAAGGGGCGCAGCGGCGUGUGGGAAAGCGUGUCCGGCCUGCGCUACGCCGGGCUCUGGAAGGACGGUUUCCAGGACGGCUACGGCACCGAGACCUACUCCGACGGAGGCACCUACCAGGGCCAGUGGCAGGCCGGGAAGCGCCACGGCUACGGGGUGCGCCAGAGUGUGCCCUACCAUCAGGCGGCGCUGCUGCGCUCACCCCGCCGCACCUCCCUGGAUUCCGGCCACAGCGACCCCCCGACGCCACCCCCACCCCUGCCCCUGCCGGGCGACGAGGGAGGCAGCCCCGCCUCGGGCUCCCGGGGCGGCUUCGUGCUGGCCGGGCCCGGGGACGCCGACGGCGCGUCCUCCCGAAAGCGCACUCCGGCGACCGGCGGAUUCUUUCGUCGCUCGCUGCUGCUCAGCGGCCUCCGAGCGGGCGGACGUCGCAGCUCCCUGGGCAGCAAGCGAGGCUCCCUGCGCAGCGAGGUGAGCAGCGAGGUGGGCAGCACCGGACCGCCCGGCUCGGAGGCCAGCGGGCCCCCGGCCGCAGCACCGCCCGCCCUCAUCGAGGGCUCGGCCACAGAAGUGUACGCGGGCGAGUGGCGCGCAGACCGGCGCAGCGGCUUCGGCGUGAGCCAGCGCUCCAACGGGCUGCGCUACGAGGGCGAGUGGCUGGGCAACCGGCGGCACGGCUACGGACGCACCACCCGCCCCGACGGCUCCCGCGAGGAGGGCAAGUACAAGCGCAACCGGCUGGUGCACGGAGGGCGCGUCCGCAGCCUCCUGCCUCUGGCCCUUCGGCGGGGCAAAGUUAAGGAGAAGGUGGACAGGGCUGUCGAGGGCGCCCGUCGAGCCGUGAGCGCUGCCCGUCAGCGCCAGGAGGUCGCCGCUGCCAGGGCAGCAGACGCCCUCCUAAAGGCAGUGGCAGCCAGCAGUGUCGCUGAGAAGGCUGUGGAGGCAGCUCGAAUGGCCAAACUGAUAGCCCAGGACCUGCAGCCCAUGCUAGAGGCCCCAGGCCGCAGACCCAGGCAGGACUCAGAAGGUUCCGACACGGAGCCCCUGGAUGAGGACAGCCCUGGGGUGUAUGAGAACGGACUGACUCCCUCAGAGGGAUCCCCUGAACUGCCCAGCAGUCCUGCCUCCUCCCGCCAACCCUGGCGACCCCCUGCCUGCCGGAGCCCACUGCCUCCUGGAGGGGACCAGGGUCCCUUCUCCAGCCCCAAAGCUUGGCCCGAGGAGUGGGGGGGGCCAGGCGCACAGGCAGAGGAACUAGCUGGCUAUGAGGCUGAGGAUGAGGCUGGGAUGCAAGGGCCAGGGCCCAGAGAUGGUUCCCCACUCCUUGGAGGCUGCAGCGACAGUUCAGGAAGUCUUCGAGAGGAGGAGGGGGAGGAUGAAGAGCCCCUGCCCCUGCUGAGGGCCCCAGCAGGCACGGAGCCUGAGCCCAUCGCUAUGCUGGUCCUGAGGGGCUCGUCCUCGAGGGGUCCUGAUGCUGGGUGCCUGACAGAAGAACUCGGGGAGCCUGCUGCAACCGAGAGGCCUGCCCAGCCGGGAGCUGCCAACCCCCUGGUGGUGGGAGCCGUGGCCCUCCUGGACCUCAGCCUGGCGUUCCUGUUCUCCCAGCUCCUCACCUGAGGCUACUUCCUGGCCUGGUUCUGGCUUUGGUUGCGUGCCUCUUCACCCCUUUGACCUGCCUUUUUUCUCUUCUCCUCUUCCUGGCUGUUUUUCCUAUCUUUCUUUAUCUUCUUCCUUUCUUUUCUGUGCUCCUUUGUUUUUUUUCUCUCGCUUUCUCUUUCCCUCUCUUCUUUCAGAUUAUCUCAUUUCUUCUGGAUCUGUCUCUGUGUUCCUCACUCCCUUCCCCAUUCCAACCCCUUCUUUCUCUAGAUUGUUUACAUAUGAAGGGCUUUUCUCUCUCAGAGUUGCUGUCUUCUCUGAGACACACAAAUCUAAGUCAGACCAUUGCCCCACGCCCUCCCACCUUUUCUUUAGACCUCAACUUCGAUGCGGGUGGGGGUUUGGUGUCCUAAGGAGACUCCUGGAAGCUGAAUGGAAAGGAGGAGGAAGAAAAUGAAGAAGGAGUGAUUGAAUGCCGGGCAAGGGACAGGCUGCGCUGCUGUGGCUCCCUAGCCUGAGGGGCCUGCUGUCCCUCUGAGGCCUAGUGAAAAAGCUGCAGGAGGUGCAUCCUCCACCUCUAAUCUUGGAGGCUAUUAGCUCACCUCCAAGCACUGAGCUGGGUUCCUGCCCAAUUCCAUCCUUCCCUGAGGGAGAGAAGGGAAGUGAAAAGUAGAAUAACUCCCUACCAUUUCCCUCUUUUUCUCCUCAUCGGCCAGCCCCUCCUCCAGCCCCCUCUGGUGGCAUGCCAUGCCAAGAGCAACGUGUAAAGGAACAGAGAAUAUCCAAUGCAGUCAAGUCCACCCCGCCCAGACUUUGCCACUGCCUUCUCCCACCCUUCUGUCUCCCCCACAAUAGUUUAUUUGGUUGGUCUGGACUCACUUGUGGCCUUUGAUUAAAUUCCUAAGGGGCCUGAAGAAGACAUUUCUACUGCAGAGGGUUAGAGGCACUUGAGCAAGGCCCCCACACCCCAACUCUGGGAGUUGUGGUCGGGGGAGGCACUUCUUGGGGAUAGGACCAGACAAGAUAACAGGAGCUCACAAGGAAGCAGAAGCUGUGACAAGUUUAGUAGUCUCAAAAUGGGUUAUGUCCCUUCCCCCUUCACAUCAGAAUCUUGUGAAAUGGGAAAACAACAGAAGGAGGGGAUCAAAGAAAGCUGAUCUCACAUGCUUCCCAGGCAGGGCAGAGGUGGGAGUCAAACCUGGGUGACAGGUGGGUGGAGAGCCCUGUUUGAGGUUGUGGUUGAUCCCUCUCUGGUAUUAGCUUUUCCCCUGGGAGCAGGAAGCCCUAGGAAGAGGGGACUGUAGGGUCCCCAGGGGAUCUUUCCUCCCUCCCCUGCAUGAGGCAGAGGCAAGCUGCCUGCCAACCCCCUCCCUCAAGGAAUGGCCUUGCCCGGGAAUGCCCACCACACAUACCCUCUUUUUUUCUAGUCAAACUCUGUUUAUUCCUUGGCUUGCCUCCCUCCUUCCUCCCCUCUCAACCUUUACUUCUGAUUUCUAUUUCAUGGAAUUUGGGAUUGAAGUUAAACUACAACAGUGCCGCCAACACCAAGUCUUGCAGGAAAAAAAUACAAAGAAAUUUAACAAAAAAAAAAUAUAUUAAUAAAAAAGUUCAAAAAA